CUUGGAUCAAAGAAGGGGAUGCAAACACUGCCUAUUUCCAUAAAUUUGUAAACAGCAGGAGAAAAAAGAAUAUGCUUCAUGGGGUUAACAAUCAAGGCUCUUGGAUUGAUGAUCCUAUUCAGGUGAAACAGAUUGUUUACGAUCACUUUAAAAGCCAAUACUCAUCACAGUCUACUCAACAAGUACAACCAUCUUUUGACCAUUUGCAGUUUUGUCGAUUAUCAGAAGAGGAUAGAAUAUUGCUGGAAGUUGAGUUUACAGAUGAUGAAAUUAGAGAAGCAGUCUCCUCAUGUGCAAGUGACAAAGCCCCAGGACCCGAUGGAUUUAACUUUCACUUCAUCAAGUCGGCAUGGGGUACAGUAGGGGCUGAUAUAAUCAACUUCAUCAAAGAAUUCCACCAGAAUGCAAGAUUGGUCAAGGGAAUUAAUUCCUCAUAUAUCACACUUGUGCCUAAGAAGAAAAACCCCACUUCCUUGAAGAGGAAGGGCAUUAUAUUCAAGGCUGAUUUUGAAAAAGCAUUUGAUUCUGUGGAUUGGGGAUAUCUUGAUAAAAUGCUUUCCUUUUUGGGUUUUGGUGAGAAAUGGCGAAGCUGGAUUAACGAGUGCUUAAGGUCUGCUUCCAUCUCAAUUCUUGUCAACGAUAGCCCAACCGAGGAAUUCAAUAUGCAGAGAGGUUUGAGACAGGGAGAUCCCCUUUCUCCCUAUUUAUUCCUUAUUGUGGUUGAAGGUUUUCAUGCUCUUCUCCUUGAAGCAGAAAAAAAAGACGUCUUUAAGGGAGUGGUGAUUGAUGAUAAAACUUCUAUUUCUCACCUCCAGUUUGCUGAUGAGACUGCUCUGGGAAAACUCCCUUCAUUUACUUGGGGCUCCCUUCAUUCUUUUUGGAAGCCAAUGAUUGAAAAGUUCCGAUCAAAAUUGGCAUCUUGGAAAGGAAAGCUUCUUUCAAUCGGUGGUCACAUCACUCUUCUCACGUCAGUACUUUCUGCUCUACCUCUAUUCUACUUCUCUAUCUUUAAAGUUCCAAAAGGCAUCUUAAAAGAGCUCAUUAGAAUACAAAAGAACUUCUUAUGGGGGAACUCAGAUGAGUCUAAGAAGAUUGCAUGGGUAAACUGGGAAAGGGUAUGUCUAGCAAAAAAUAAGGGUGGCCUUGGCAUCCCAAACCUUGCUAUUAAAAAUAUUGCCCUUUUAGGAAAGUGGUGGGAUAAGUUUUAUGAUGAUGCUGAAAAUGAGAAAUUGUGGACGAAGAUAACUAUUAGCAAGUACUAUAGUGGCACUUCAACUGUUUCAAUCUCCAACACUACAUCUUCAAAAAUAUCUGCAAUUUGGAAGGAUAUUUUAUCUAUUAGCAGGGAUUGUGAAAGAAAUACCAAGUGCUUCUCUGAAGGUUUCUCUCGUCAGCUUGGUGAUGGAUAUGGAACCAGAUUUUGGAAAGAUGCCUGGGUGGAAACUUCUCCACUAAUGCUUGUUUUCCCUCGACUAUUCAAGCUCACUCUUAGCGAGAACUUAUUGGUGGCUGAUCUAAAACCCACCAAGGGUGAGGGAUGGAUUCUCCAAUGGCGCAGACCCCCUUUUGGAAGAGAAUUAGAUGAGCUUCAAAUCUUGGAAGAUAUCCUGCAAAAUGUCAACAUCUCUGUAGGAAAAUCAGAUCAAAUUAUAUGGAAGCACUGCCCUACUGGUUAUACUACAAAAAUGGCAUAUCUUUUUCUUGACAUGUCUCCCCCUUGUCUAGAUAUAUUCUACUGCAAGUUAAUAUGGAGUCAUCUUAUACCCACAAAAGUCAAUGUCUUCUCUUGGCGUCUUCUAUUAAAUCGCCUUCCCACAAAGGACAAUCUCAUCCAACGUGGUAUUGACUUAGCAUCUAGAUCUGGUUGUGUGCUAUGCCCUCGAUCUGCUUACUCAGCUUUGCUCACUGCCAGUCCCUCAAGAUGUUAAAGAUUGUUGGGUCCUCUCCAUAUUUACUACUGCUUGGGCCAUCUGGUAUUUUAGAAAUGGAAUUGCUUUCAAUAAACUUGAAUGGGAUGA